AUGGGCGACGGUUCUUCUCAAACGGGAGAUGCGGCCUCGCCCCGGGAGGAUCCAGUCGAGGUGUUGGGCAACGUGACUCUGAGUUUUCCCGAGAGUUUCUUUGCCAAUCCCUUUGCCGUUUCCUUCCCGGGAGACAUCCCAUGCCCUGGAGCACCCACGAUCCAAUUCAUCCCAGAAUGCACCUCAGUGCCCGCUGCGAACUCGGGCCAUUCUGGCGCCGAGGCAUCUCCAAUCACGCCGGAUACCGGUCUCGGUGGGAUAUCGGACUUCAGCAACUCCAUCAAAUCUCCAAAGUCGACUCUCUGCACUCCAUUGAGCUCAAGUGAAAAUACCCGUCCUGCGCUCAAACGCCCGCCGGGUCCCAAGACGAAAUACGGACCACAAAUCCAUUUCGUCGAUAUGGCCGACAAGAAGGGUGCUCAACGGAUCCGUAACACGAUGAACUCUCGAAAGCAUCGUCAGAACAAACUUGACAAGAUAAGAGAGCUGGAGAAGAAGUUGGCGACAAUCGAAGCAGAGAGGGAGAGAUGGCAGGGGCGAGCGACGGAGAUGGGGUGGAAACCAUCUCAGUAG